AUGGACGCCGAUAACUUUGCCAAACUCACCACCAUACUGGACUUGCUCGACCGUUGCAAGAAAAACCUUUCACAGGCAAUCCAGCAAGAGACGCCCAUGAAGACUCGUAGCUCGAUGCAUGCAGGGCAUACACUAUCAAAGAGGUCAACACGCAAUGAAGGUAUCUUUGACUUCGGCACGCACGGGGGCUUCUCGAAGAAGGAUGGAGUUGUGCAUGUUCUGGAACGGAGGAAAACAAUCAAGAGGACGCAAACUCUGCUGUUACGGAGGCGCACACGAAUGAGCAAAUCAUUCCCUAGCUUGUCGGAACAUGCGACCAGUUCUCUUUCUCUUUCGUGUCUCGAUCAGGAGUUACAGGAAUGCAUUCUCAGUCGGGGCCUGAUGCACAUUUUUGACAGCAGUGCCACUUCUAACGGGCAGAGCGCUGAGCCGAUUGAGUGCGAUGUGCAAAGCGAGUGCCUAGAUUACUUUUCAGAAGAGUCCGAGCAUCCUCCCGAUGUUGACUGGGAAGAGAUGCCCCAGCGAAGACGGUUCUCAACGUGCAGUCUGGAGAACAUGACGACGGAAGACUAUACCCAUAUGCAUCCUCAGAUCCUGGGACAAUUGUUUGACCGUAUCCUGGACUAUCUGCAGAAUGAUUUUGAUGAAUUGGUCGAAAAGCUUAAGGAACAGAAUGGCCACUUAAAACAGGAUGUGAUUUCUCUGCGGAAAAAGCUAGACGACGCAGUUGAAACGAAUGAUGAACAGGUGCAAGAACUCAAGGAGAUGACAGAGCGCAUCUUGGAUGUAGAGGCCGAGGGGCGGGAACUGACACGUCAGUUAAACCUCAUGGAAGCCCGUAUCAAGCGUUACCAGGACAACCAAAAGGGUGUGGUGAAGCUUGAAGAAGAGAAACACAAUCUGGGCAUGGAGUGUGCUGCUCUCCAGGAGCGCAUCAAGGAGCUAACUAUCCAAGUCAGCGCACAAGAUAUGCAAAAGGUGGCGGAAUUGGCGCACGACCUCGUUACCCUGAAGGGCACUACCCAGGCUAAGGAUGAGGAGAUAAAGUCUUUGAAACGCGAGCUGGACCGAAAGGGGAGGCUGCUAGAGAGUCUGAACGUGACCAUAGCAGCGCAGCAAAUGUACAACUUUGAGUCUCCAAGAGGAGACAUCACAAGUCGGCAGUUGACCCCUCGCAGCUCCAUAAGCCACCUGCUGGCAGGAAUUACCAACCCUCGCAGGGCUGCCGUCAGACAGCGCUUUAGCGCCUCAGUCCCCUCCAACAGCGAGCAUUCCAUGUCCUUGGCCACUGAGCUGCAACAAACAACGCCGCCGCCAACCUUACCUAAUGGGCUGCGCGAAGCACAGGAUAGGCUGAAGGCAGCACUCGCCGAGAUGGAGAGCCUGAGGCUAUCGAACGAAGCUCUAAAGGAGCAGAUGGUAGAGCUCCGUCAAGAAAUGGAGGCCAAGGAUGCCUUUAUGCGUCAAUCACUUGAGGAGAGUUCGCAGCACCUGGCCACUACCCGAGAACAGCUGGCAAAGGAGUCUGCAGAACUGGAGCGGACAACAAAGGCCCUUCAGGCCACAAAAGACGACCUGCGGACUUCAAUCGACGCUUUAAACCUUACAACAGCCGACAAUGAAAAGCUGCUUGCCGAGGUGGAGGAGGCGAAAAGGUUACUCCGCGAUGCUCAGGAACAUCUUACAGAUGCGCUCGCAUCAAGAGCGUCUCCAGAGGUCGUUAGGGGGCUGGAGGAUAAAGUUGCAGUGCUAAUUGAGGAGCUCAGAACGAAGGCUAUGCGCCUUGACGAGUGCGAAAAAUACCAAAAAGAGCUUGAGGAGCAACGGGUGACCUUGCAGAAUUGCGUGGAGAACAGCAUGAAACAGAUUGACGAACUUUCAUCUCGUGUUGAGAGCCUUGAGGGGCAGCUUAUAGCUACAACGAAUGUGGCUAACGCUUUGGGCGCGGAAAUCAGCAAGCUGCUGGAGUUGGUUGAAAGGGGAUCUGUUAGCGACAAGGAGCGCGAAGAGGCAGAGAAGCAAAGAGAGGCGCUACUAGCUCUGCUGGAAGGCGAGAGGCACCGCGCGGCAGCGCUCGCUCAGAAUAUUGCUCAGCAGCGAGUUGUGGAAGAGGAGCAGAGGGAAUUUGCAGAGAGCGCCUACAGGCUGCAGAAAGAGCUUCAGCACCAGGUUAACUUCCUGAGGUCGGAGCUCGCUAGGCGGGAAGGCGAAACGGAAGCGAUGAGGCAGAGGCUUGAUGAGCAAGCUGAUGCUGCGGAGAAGGCGAAGCAAAGCAUGCAGAUAGCGCUGUGCGCUGCAUACGAUAAGCUGCAAGCCCGGCAAGUAGAACUGGAAGGUCUUCUUAGGGAGAAGGCCGACUUGGAGAUGGCAUCAACAGAUGGCAAGCUGCAAAUGCAGCGGCUUCAGGAGGAGAGUCAGGCGACUUUGGAGGAACGGGAUCAGGAGUUGCAAGAGGUGAAAAGGCAGAUGGAAGAGUACGCUGCGAAGAUCGACUACUACGUUUCUAGAGAAGCGGCUUAUACUUCAGAAGCUGACCGCUUACGUGAAGAUAUCAGUGCCCUCGAGCUCGGGCUUCAGACAGCGAAGGAAGAAGGUGAGCGCCUCCUGGCACUCAAGCAUCAAGAAACACGACAGCUGAAGGAAGCACAAAAGGCGGCUCUGGCAGCCAUGCAGGAGCAGGUUGACGCCUUAAAGAAGGAGCGUCGGGCUCUGAGGGACGCUGCGCCCGAAGCGCACGACUCAAAGCUACUGAGCGAGUAUGAAGCCCUUUUGAAGGCUGUCAAGGACCUUCGGGAGCAGAAUACGCUCCUCUCUGCUGCACUGGAUGAAGGUCGCUCUGGCCACGUGUUGGCAGAGGAGAAACUGCAGCAAAAACAUGCCGCGCUUCUCAGCAGCUUUCAUGAGGCUCAAAAAAAGUAUGAAGAACUGCAGAAGGUUCUGGACAGGACUACCUCCGAAUACCACAAGUCUUUAGAAGAUGCUCAGCGGCAGCUCGCUGACCUUAAGCCACAGCUAACGCAAAUGGCGGCAGAUCACCAGGGCAGAGAGGCUAAGUUGAUGGAGCGAAUACAGGAACUUGAGCAAACGCGACUUUGUCUGCAGGCCGAGGUGGCCGAACUCAAGGAGCGAAACGGGAGCGCUCUUGUAGAAGCAACGCACAAGGCUGAGGCUGAAGCAUUACGCGCAGAAAAAAAUGCUCUAAAUGCCCAGAUAGAGCAGUUGCACGCGCUAAUAAAAGCAAAGGACAUGCAGAGGUCUGAGGCUUUGGAACAAACGGAAGAGAAUCAAAAGCUUAUUCAGCAACUGCUUGACUCACUUCAGGAACACCAGAGAAGGCUGGAGGAGGCUGAUAAACUUCUAGCAGACAAAAGCAGUCUAAAGGCGAAUGCACGCAUGUGGCAAGAAAAUGAGUCUCUGAAGGGCCAGCUGGAAGAGCUGAAAGCGAUGAUCAUGGUGCAGAGGCGGGAUACGGAUUCUGCGGGUGUUCUCGACAUGCUUCAGCACCAACUGCAGAAUCUAGCAAGAGAAUUUAGUGCCUUUAAGAAAGUGGAGGCACAGCAGCUGAUGGACUUGAAGGGUGCGAUCGGUGGUACAACGCAGGUCUUCAAUGUCUCCUACCCCCCGUUUAUCAUCCCGCUGGUUAAUGUGCAUGAGAGUAAAGACAAAAACGACAAGACAAUCAAUAUAUCCGGUAUGCUGGAUAUUCGGGCUGCAGCCACUGGAUUAGCCCCCUCUGUAUCUAAAGGCUUGUCUCAGGCACGCCGUUCUGCGCUGCAAGGCAGCAGGUUUCAAGAUGUUCUCUGCAGGUGGCAGGGGCGUUGUUGGACUGCUACCGAUUCCUUCUGGAAGGACUGCUCUUGCACGCCUGCAUCCGACGUCCAUUCGAGCGUGUCGGAUCGUUGGAUGAGCCAAACACAAGUCUUUAAGCCAGCUGUGUUACAACAAACAUAUGUUGUACGCGUUUCACUUGUCAGUGACAUGUCUUCCUUUAAUGUAAUGGGGGAAAAUGAAUUGCGUUGUCUUUUCAUCAGUGGGAAAGACGAAGUACAAGCAAUGCGUGUCCAAAUGGGCGCCUUCCGGACGUCCCCGCGUGUAGAAGGCCCUUUGCAGCUCUCCGGGGUAGCUCUUUCACCGCGACUUGAAGCGGGUGGUUUUGCAGAACACGCUGCUCCUACCAAAGCCUUCUGA